ACUCCACCAAUCCCAAUGUGGUGGGCUGGAGCUUGGAAUAAAACCAGCCUUCUGUGCAUUUCAGUUCCACUCCUCACUUCAUUCACCAACCACAACAUUUUUUGUCUUCUGUCAGCUGUUGCACUUCACUCUGAAACUAUGGCCAAGGACAUGACUCUGCUGUGGGCCUCUGGCUCUCCUCCCUGCUGGAGGGUGAUGAUCAUGCUGGAGGAGAAGCAGCUGCAGGGCUACAACCAAAAACUGCUCUCCUUUGAGAAAAAGGAGCACAAGUCCCAGGAAGUCCUGGACAUGAACCCCAGAGGUCAGAUACCAACCUUCAAAUGUGGGAAACAUAUCCUGAAUGAAUCCUGCGCUGCCUGUUUGUUCCUGGAGAACCAGUACAAGUCCCAGGGAACCAAGCUGAUUCCCGAUUUCCCCGAUGCACAAGCACUGAUGUACCAGCGCAUGUUUGAGGCUGUAACACUCCAUCAGAAAAUAGCGGAUCUUGUCGUGUACAAGUACUUUGUCCCAGAGGGGGAGAGACACGACUCUGCUGUUCAGAGAAAAAUUGAGGCUCUGACAGCUGAGCUCAAGCUGUGGGAGGGAUACCUGAAAAUAACGGACUGUUGUUUGGCUGGACAAGAAUUCACACUGGCUGAUGUCCUUUUUUUCCCAUUAAUUGCUUUUCUGUUCCACUUUGGGUUAAGUAGUGAGCGUUACCCUGCACUGGCAAAAUACUACAACAGUCUGAAGGACAGACCCAGCAUCAAAGCCACCUGGCCUCCUUACUGGCAGAAGAUCCCCGAAAUGGACACGAUGAAACCCAUCUGAGAUCCAAAUCCUCCUCGGUGGAUACACUAACAGUUCCUGUUGUGAUUUGAUAUGUGAAUACUCCUUGCAUUGCACUACUUUAAAAAAAAACAAAAAAAACUGUGCUUUGUUUCUGCUUUGAAGAGCAAUUUUCUAAGUGUAAAAACAGAAAAUGACAUGUAUGAUUGAGUUUAUUUACAUGUGAGAAUAGAAAUACCCAUUCAAAUAAUUUAAUGUUUGUACCAUAAUUUAAUAUUUGUAAUUUAAUGUCUGUU